CCGUUUCUUCACCGGCGCGCAGCUCCCCUUUUCUCUUCUUAUGCAAUGCCAUGUGCAUCUAGGCAGGGGUGAACACGGAGCUUUUUCUUUUCUUUUGGAUGUUUGCCAUUGUGCUCCCUUUUCUCUUCUCCCUUUGGUUCCGAUGUUUCUUGCAUAGGGAACAUAAUAUAUUCUUUCUUUUUUGUUUUCUUUUCUUCCUGGCUCCUUGCUGGAUCAAGGCUUGCCCUUUUUCUUCAUCUGUUAUUCUUUGAGCAGGGCUUAGGUAUUUUUGCCUUUGGGAGAUUCUCCUGCCGGACAGUGAGAAGGGUCGGACCCAUUGCCGACACUCCUUCUCUGUAUCUUUUUUACUUUUUUUCUUUCUCUUUGGUUUCUUUCUCGGAGGUAAUACAAGAUGGAGUCAUUAGCAGACCUCGCCAGGGUGGCCAGGAGAGCACAGGAGGAUGCGCAGAGGGCAGCAGAGGCUCCGAGCCCCGUCGAGCCGGCCCCGGCUGCGAACAAUGGGGCAAGUUUUGAGUCGGGUCCGAAGCAGGAUGUGUCGACACCACGGACACCGAAUAUGGCAAUCGUGCCUCCAUUAAUCCAGGACUUGAGGCUGGGAUCCGCACCGCCGUCCGCAGGACUACCGCUUCCGCCGCUGCCUGCUGCUGCGAAAUCACCGACGACGACACCCACUACGCCGGGACCGGGAAGCACAAACGAUUCCCGUGCUGGCGCCAAAAAUAGCAUCGAACCCAUCUCGGUCACGACGCCGGCAAGGAUAGCUCCGUUGAAUGUUGGCCAGCGCAUUGAGAUCUCGGCCGACUACAGGCCGAAAACGAGCUCGACGAAGCGCCUUUCGUUUGGUUCUGCUGCUUCCAGUAAAAGACCUAUCAAGUACGCCAGGGGUAGGCAUGCGGGUAUCGAGUUGUCACCACAGCCGAGCGACGAUGACAACGAUCCUCUGAACUGGCCACUGUGGAAGAAGGACCUCAACUUGGCAGCACUUUUAGUCACCGUUGCCCUGAUCCAGGUAAUGAAGACCGUCUUUGUGUCGGUCAAUGUUGUUCUCGAACAAACAUUGAACAGGUCGUACACUGCCAUCGCAGCCCUGACCGGCGCACCGCUCAUCUUCUCCGCCUUGACCGGCAUGGUGGCCCUCGUCGCAUCGCGCGUGUACGGCAAGAGGCCCGUCUAUCUCGCCGCCACUGCGGUCAUCUUCUUCAGCUCCAUCUGGAACGCAGCCGCAACCGACUUUGGCAAUGCGCUGGCAGCGCGCAUCUUCCAGGGCAUGGGCUGGGGCGUCUUUGACUCGCUCGUCCUGGGCUCGAUCCACGACACCUUCUUCGAGCACGAGCGCGGCCUGCGCGUCGCCAUCUACCAGAUCGUCUCGGUGGGCACCCUCUGGGGCGGCCCCAUGCUCGGCGGCGUCGCGUCGCAGAACCCCGCCAGCUGGCAGACCCAGUUCCAGAUCCUGUGCAGCUUCCAGGCCGUGUCGGUCCUGCUCGUCGCCCUGGCCGUGCCCGAGACGGCCUUUGACAGGGCCUUUGUCAUCCGCAACACCCCGAGCACCGCUGGAACCUGGAAGCAGCCAUCCCUCAGGCCACGCGGGCAGGUCGACGUCGAAAAGGCCAGGGAGUACCUGACGACCAUGAAGCCCGUCAGCUACAACGCCCGCGACCAGGACAGGGACCUUCUUCUACAGGCACCCCGGGCCAUGAUCGCGCCGACGACCAUCAUGCUCGUCUCGGCGUCUUUCAUUCCUUUCUCGGCGCUCUGGUCCAUCGCGAGCUCGCUCAGCAUGCUGUUCGCACACCUGCCCUUCAACAUGUCCCCGUCGCAGAUCGGCGCGCUGAUGGUCGGUCCCUUCAUCCUGGGCGUGCUCACCACCGGCUUCUUCGCCCUGACACCGUUUUGGCAGCGCAUCAAGUCCUGCCCCAAAAUCGGCCUGAUCGCCCUGGCCACGGGCUCCAUCCUGACCUUUGUCGCGACCCUGACCAUGGGCCUGUACACCCAGAUGGCCAUGGCGACGCCCAUGGCUGCCGCCGCCUCCUCUGCUGCAGCAGGCACCACCCCCGCCGCCGCCUCCCAGACGAGCCCCUUUAUGAUCGACGGCGUGGCCAAGAACGUCAGCUUCCCUGCGAUCGGUUUCCUGCUGGGUCUGCUUGCCGCAGGCGCCUACACACUGGACGCGACGGUGCGCCCGACCAUCCGCCGCUCGACAUCAUUCACCUCGUCGAACCUGGGCAUCGCGCUGCGCAACACGGUCGACAUGGAGGGCGCCGUCUCCAUCUGGCGUGCUCUGAUCGCUGGCAUCUUCGUCAUUGGCACGCCAAACAUCUCGUGGACAUUCUCGGCCAUGGCGGGAAGCCUGUUUGGGUUUGCCGUCACGCAGAUGGUGCUCAUCGUCUUUCUGGGUUUUGUAUGGUGGCGAUUCGACCAAGAUAUUAUACGGUGGGAUGGUGUCGUCAUGAAGCUGGUCGACCUCGGCUCGCUCAAGAGGUCGGGUAGCUACAUGGAUAUGGACUGAGACAGGGAAAGAAUUUUUAAGUCUUUUAAAAUUCUUUCCCUGGAAAUAAUGCUCUCCUCUCAUCUUCCAUCUUUGUUGGUUGUGCCGUUGCACAUCAGCAGUUUCUCACUCGCUCACACUCAGUUUUGUUUUUGUUUUUUUUGUCAUGUCAUACCUGGCUUUCACCAGGACCCCGGUCCGAAUGGGGUUGUUUUCUUUGUGUCUUUUUUUUUCUUCUCGUUUACCUACUAGCUGUAUACCCUCAUUUCAUAAUCUUGACACCUGCCUCCUUCCACUGUACGGCCAGAAAAGAAAAAAUGUGACCCGCAGAGAGAAGACCCCUAAUAUUUAAAACUUAGCUUGUCGAAUGUAAGCAUCGUAUAUAGGACCAUCGAAGAAGCCUUUUUCUAGCAGUUCGUUUUGUCGCACUCAGUCAAUCCCAUCAUGGCGACGCUGGCAACCGCUACGGCUAUUUUCUGAUUUCAUCCGAACUGGUGGUAUCGACGGGCAUCCGAGUCGCCGAUCGGCAGGCGGGUAUCGAGGAUCAGACGAGUGGAGCAUCUGGGGGACAGUCGCGGACAGGCAGGCAUGAGGCUGUCAACAGUAAUCUAUGGCAGACUGAAUGAGAAAAAAAUAGAAGAUACAGCAGUUGCCAAGAGCUGUCUGGGGCAACCCAGUCGAUGCGGCUAAAUCCGGCGACGGCUGGGUCGUCUGAUGCGACGAGCUAGUCGAGCUUGAGUGGUGAAUUAAUUUUUCUUCUUGUCGAACUGAAGCACUUGUCAUUGUGAACAUCAUCGGAGUCUAAGCGGAUGAAAAGUUCCGCGUUCCCGCGUUUCAUUUACCAUGACAGGUCGACACCACAACGACAUUGGAAGCAG